GUUUGAGAAGAGCGUUGAAGGUUUAACGAAGCUCUCAAUCUUGCUUUUGACUGGCGCGGACGGAGAAUUCCGCCGUAAAUGGCAGACCGCCGGCGUGUGAGAUGAUUUUCAAGGUUCUCCGGAGAAUUGAAGAUUCGGACUGUGUUCUCCGAUGAAUUGGCAGACUGAAGAAGAAGAAGAAGAAGAUGUACAUGCCGCUUUUCAGAGCCUGUACGAGCUUCCGAUCGGUCUCCGCCGUGCACGGCCAUCUGACGGUCACCGGAUUCGGGAAGGAUCGUCUCGUAGCAACCAAACUCAUAGAAGCAUAUUCACAAACCGGUGCGGUGCAAUGGUCGAGGCUAAUUUUCAAAACCUUCUCGAAUCCAGAUUCAUUCAUGUGGGGAGUUGUGAUUAAAUGCAACGUCUGGAACGGAUUCUUCCUAGAAGCCAUUGACGUAUACCGAAGUAUGCUCGCAAACGCUGUUGAGUUGAACAAUUUUGUUUUCCCGCCAAUUCUGAGCGCUUGUUCUUCAAUCUGCGAUCUGAGAACGGGAGAAACGAUCCAUUCGACGGUUUUGAAGUCUGGAUUUGAUUGCGAUCCUAUAGUCAGUACCUCAUUGCUGAAUUUGUACGGUUCAUCAGAGUGCCUGUGUAGUGCACGGAAAGUGUUCGACGAAAUGCCUGAAAGAGACUCAGUCUCAUGGAGUUCGAUUAUAACGAACUAUAUCCGCAGCGGAUCGGAGGCCGAAGGAUUGAAAUUAUUUAGAGAAAUGGUGAGGGUAGAGAUGGCCAUUGAUGCAGUCACAAUGCUCAGCGUAUCCGAGGCCUGCGGAGAGUUGAGGAUGCCGAUAAUCGGGAAGUCGUGCCAUGGCUAUACGGUUAGAAAGAAUAUUCCGAUAGAUUCGGCGUUGGUGAGUUCUCUCGUCGCAAUGUAUGGAAAAUUCGGUGACGUGAAUAGCGCUGAGAGGUUGUUCGGUAAUUCCGUUGAUCGUAGCACAGCUUCAUGGACAGCAAUGAUUUCGUGUUAUAAUCAGAACGGUUGCUAUUCGGAGGCGUUGAAGAUGUUCGUUAAAAUGUCGGGGCAUAAAUUGGAGGCAAAUACCGUUACGUUGAUGAACGUCGUGUGUUCGUGCGCUCGACUGCGGUGUUUGAGAGAAGGGAGAGCUGUUCACGCCUACGCAGUUCGGAAUUAUAUCGAUCUCGACGACGAUUUUCUGAGGUCAUCGCUGAUUGAUUUGUAUGCUAACGGCGGCGAGUUACGGUACGCGCGAUUGGUGUUCGAUUCUGCGUAUGAAAAGGAUGUAGUGUCGUGGAAUAUCCUCAUAUCGGGAUACGCUCGGGAGCAUAUGGCGGAGGAAUCUCUGUCGUUGUUUCGAGAGAUGUUGGUUCGAGGAAUCUUGCCGGAUUCGUUUGCGUCGGCUAGCGCUCUUACAGCCUGUGGAUCGAUCGGGUUGUCUGAAUUCGGAUGCCAAAUCCACGCCCUUGUCGUUAAGACAUACGUUGUCCCGAAUGAGUUUGUUCGGAAUUCGUUGAUUGAUAUGUACGCGAAAUGCGGGUUUACAAGCUCGGCAUUUAGGGUGUUUUGCGAUGCUCGGGACGGGAGUAGCGUCGUCGCGUGGAAUUCGAUGAUGUGUGGGUUUUUACAAAACGGGUACUCGGAAGAAGCCGUUCGAUUAUUCGAAGAAAUGUGCGCGAAUAAUCUCCACGUGGACGAGGUAACAUUUUUGAGCGUCGUUCAGGCUUGUUCGAAUCUCGGGUUUAUAGACAAGGCGAAAUGGGUACAUCACAGGCUUAUUACGUCGGGAGUAACGAGCGAUAUGUACAUCGAUACCGCGCUGGUGAAUAUGUACGCUCGAUGCGGCGACCUCGACGUCUCCCGGAGAGUUUUCGACAGAAUGAGAGAUCGAAGCGUUGUAACGUGGAGCUCGAUGAUCAGUUGUUACGCAAUGCACGGGCGUAUCGACGACUCGAUUGCACUUUUCGACGGGAUGAUAGAGUCGGGAAGGAGACCCAACGACGUUGCUUUCAUGAGCAUCCUCUCGGCCUGUGGCCACGCCGGGAAUGUGUCUAGGGGCAAGUCGUAUUUCGAUUCAAUGGUUCGGGAUUACGGAAUUGCGCCCAGCUCGGAGCAUUAUGCGUGCUUGGUGGAUAUGCUGAGCCGGGCAGGCGACAUCGACGGAGCAUACGAGGUUAUUCUAUCGAUGCCUUUUCCGGUAGACGCAAGCGUUUGGGGUGCGCUGGUGAACGGGUGCCGGAUACAUCAGAGAAUGGACUUUCUGAGCAGGAUCGAGUCGGAUCUUGUAAAUGUAAACGGCGACGACUCGGGAUAUUAUGCAUUGCUGCGUAAUGUAUACGCCGAAGGAGGUAAAUGGGUCGAGGCUAUGAAGGUGAAGUCGAGGAUGAGAAGUCAGGACAUGACGAAGGUCCACGGCCGUAGCAUGAUUGAGGCUAGGCCGAGUUAGUCGAGCUCCUAUGCAAUCCUCACAAUUUUACGUUUACGUGAAAAAUAUCACAUCAACACCUAUUUAUAUCACAUCAUACAAUUAUUUCAAUUCAACAUUUUUACUAUUCAAAUUCCAAACCAAAAUCCAAACUCCCAAAUAGACACACCCUGGAACAUACUCGAU